ACUAAACCGGAGUGGAUUUAUUUGAUUGGAAGUGGAUGUGUAUGUGGAAGGCUAAUGAUGCAGGGAUGAUCUGUUCGAUGCGACAUCUGCAUUGAGUCCUAACGUCAAAUCGUUGUAGGUGCAUUAACCCCAAACGCACGGUUAACAUUGGGGGCGCUCUAGGUCUAUCAUAGCCUUGGCACGCAGCUUCUGUCGUGCGUGUUCGUGUGACUGUGCGGUAGCAACAGCCUUCGGAGGGGUGGGUGGUGGGGGGUUGGUUUGCGUGUUUGAGAGGGAGAGAGGGAGGGGGAGAAAAAGGACCCCGUGUCGGGCCACUGAAACACUGUAUCCCGUUAGAGAGAGGAGGGGGACAAGGGGGCGCCCAUGUAAAUUUUGGGAGGGCUGAAACGGCUUGAUACCGCCUCCUGGAAAAAAAUGGGGAGAGAAAAAAAAUCGGCUCCGUUAGUGUGCCUGCCAGCCGGAAGAUGGGAUUUUUUUUAUUCCAGAGCACACCUCCCCUUUCUCCUCCCUCUCUCUUUCUCAAACAAGUCAGUCUGUCAAUGUGCCGCCUGCGAGCGUUAGGACAAGUCGGGCCAGGGUUUUGAGCAAGUGAGUAGAAAAGCCAUCUAGAUUUUUCACGACUCGCCUUAUCUGACUGUUUUAACACACGCAGGAAACUCCUGUGUGCAAAUUCUGUCAAUUAGCUGGAGCAACGUUUCCCAUCUAUAUUUAUCUUCGUGUUGAACUUCGGAUUUUGUUCUGAAAUAUUGACUAAAUAGUAGAUUUCUGCGACUGGGUUUUUUAUGAUUACUCUGGGUCGCUGCACCUGAAACGACCAUUUGAUGAUCAUCAUCGACAGACCUUAAUGCUCAAGGAACGUGAAUGAGUGUGGGUCACUGGACGUACGGAAUUACAAGUUGAAUUCGGAGAAGAGGGGUGAAAAUCGAAUCAAGGAGCCUCGACUGCGCAGGGUAGCGAAGAGAGCACCAAAAGGAGAGAUGAGAAGUCUCGCUUGUAUCAACAUGUCCUUGUGAGGAUGGCAUUCGGAGAGCUGGAGAAAUAUCUUUGAUGUUAAACAAUCAUUCAUUUACGCUCAUGUUUUGAUCAUUUCGUCCUGUUCCCAUUUGUCUUGGGGGGACACGAGAAGCCAACUGCAGAGAACGGAUGACAGAGGUAAUGGGAGAGAAACCGAACAGAAUCUUAACAGAUAACAAGACGAGAGACAGGAGAAGACUUGUAGUCGUUAGAUAUUCUGUUGAAACAAAUCAAUAGACCACUGGUUAAAUACGGAUAAAAUAUUUUCCAAAGCGGCAUUAGUUUUGUCUGGAAGGACUUGCAUUGAAAAGAGGACCAUAAAAACAAGUAAUGGAAUUGGCAUAGCACAUAACCCGAGGACACUGAAAUAGGCUAUUUUUCUAUUUGAAACAUUUUCACCGUGGCCUUUUAUUGUGGACGGAUAGGUAAACUUUUUUCAUCGAAUCGAAAUAUUUAUUUUCUGUUGGCUCUGUCCUUUUGGGGGUCUUAUAUCCAUGCCAGUGCCUAAAACACCUAUCCCCUAACACAACGAACCACCUACAGCCUACACCGGGCUUUAACGUUUUGCAUUGGAGCGUCUCGUCCUCCUACCUUUGGGAAACGGAAUCCCUUGGCAUUUAUGGGGGCGAAUAAACGGGAUUUUGCGUUUGAAAUGGAGAGUCGAAGCUGUGGAAAUGGAUUGGGAAUUCUGCUAAUAUUCUUAGUGGAUUUACUUGGAAUCUCUGCGUCCAACAUGGAGCCCAUCUACUGGAAUUCAAUGAACAAAAGAUUUGGGGAUGCCCAGGGCUACGUGCUGUACCCCCAAAUCGGGGAACGUCUGGACCUCAUCUGCCCAGGAACCGAAACCCCGGGCCCCCACUCCACGUCCGAGUACGAGUUCUACAAACUGUACCUGGUGUCGUCGCGGGAGCAGGCGGACCGGUGCGAGGUGACCGGCUCGCCCAACCUGCUGCUGACGUGUGACAAGCCCUCGGGCGACACGCGCUUCACCAUCAAGUUCCAGGAGUACUCGCCUAACCUGUGGGGCCACGAGUUCAAGACCAUGCAUGAUUACUUCAUCAUAGCCACCUCAGACGGAACUCGCCAAGGCCUGGAGAGCAUGAGAGGGGGUGUGUGUGCCACAGAGGGCAUGAAGGUGGUCCUUAAAGUGGGGCAGAGCCCCUACGGACUGCCCCCGAAACCAGCCAAACCAGAUCCGGCAGGACGCACCAACUCCAGGAACCCUGGAGGGAACGGCACGUAUCCCAGAGUCCCCGGCGAGAACGGUCCUCUGCCCUCCUCCAACAUCCCGCUGAUUGCCGGGGCGGCCGGAGGCUCCGCCUUCCUCCUGCUGGUCAGCGCGGUCAUCUGCGUGGUCUGUUACCGCCGGCGACACGCCAAACACUCGGAGUCGCACCACCCGCCCCUGUCCCUCUCCUCCCUCACCAGCCCCAAGCGCGGAGGCGGCAUGGGCGGCAUGGGUGGCAUGGGUGGCAUGGGUGGCAUGGGCGGCAUGGGUGGCAUGGGCGGCAUGGGCGGCAUGGGGGGUCUGGGCAGUCUGGGUGGAGGGGGCGGCGGCGGCGGCAACAACAACGGCUCGGAGCCCAGUGACAUCAUCAUCCCGCUGCGGACUUCCGACUCGGCGUACUGCCCGCACUACGAGAAGGUGAGCGGGGACUACGGCCACCCCGUCUACAUCGUCCAGGAGAUGCCGCCGCAGAGCCCCGCAAACAUCUACUACAAAGUGUGAGGAGAGAGGGAGAGAGUGAGGGAGGAAAAAAACACAGAGAGAGAGAGCGAGAGAGAGAUUAAAAGAAACAGAGAGAGAGUGAGUGAAUGAGAGAGAUGCCAAAUAAAAAAAAAAUCACCCCCUCCAGCCCCCCCCCAGCCCCACCAAGUAAACACACUCCUGUGCCCCCAAACGAUGCACGCCGCAUCUUUCUCCCCCCUCCAGAAGCCUGUGAUACACUCCUCUCUCCUCGGUCUCCUCUCUGUGGCAGUGAGACGGACAGCAGAGCCACACACACACACACACACUCCCCGUCGCCCCCACAAACGAGCUCUCUCUUAGUUCUCAAACUCUGAAGGCUGUGUGUGCUUAAGCCCUGUUAACACUCACACACACAGUUAUGAACACACACUCAUAAUCACAGAAGUACACACACACAUACACGCGCACACACGCACACACACACACACAAACACACACACACACACACCUGCACCUGUUUUGCUGUGGGGUUGUUUUGGUGCCCCAUCCUCUCGUGCAGCGAGUCAGGACUCACACUGAUGUGAGCGGCCGAUGACACAAAUACAGACACACACACACACACACACACACACACACACACACACACACACACACACACCCUCCCCACACUGACCCAUCCACUCUCUCACCAAGUGGAGGGACGAAAGAAAAAGAGAGAAAGCAAAAGAAAAGAAAGACUGAAGAGAGAAAAGCCCUGCUGUGUUGCCGGGGGCGAUGCCACAGAUCUGUUUUCAAUAACCAACAACAGACAAACAAAAGCAACAAAUACAAACCAGAACUGUGUUUUUUUCGUGUUCUUCUAGACUAGAGAAAAAAAUCUGAACUCUGUUCUCUUGAGAAUUAACACUAAAUAGCAUUUUUGUUUUUUUGUUUUUAGUUUUUUUUUCUGUGCUUGUCUGUGUAUUUCUGUCACAAUGGGGGAGGGGUCUCUGUGACUCUGACCAAUCACCACACAAGGCGGUGGUCAUGUGAGGUCCUAUCUGAAGCCGGAUUGGCCGGUUGAGUCUUACAUGGUGCUGCCGUGGAGAAUCCUGUAUAUUUUAUUAACGUGCAAAACUUGUGUGUGAGUAGAACUAUAACAAUGACACUUAAGUUGCACACGAAUGUGUCUGUGCCGAUAGCGCGCUUCAGUAGAAAGUGUGUGUGACUGUGGUUACGUGUGUGUGUGUGUGUCUUGUGAACAAAUGGGCGAGUGUAUGUGUGUUUGCACCUCUUUGCGCGUUAGACUAUUCUGAAACCAAAACACAAACGUAAAACAACAUCAAAAAAGAGAUUUUUUUAACGCUCUCAACACUUAUAGAUUAUAUAUAUAUAUAAAUAUAUAUAUAUGAUUACUCAGUAAACCAUUCUUAGACAUUUUCUUUUUUUUAUUGUUAUUGUUAUAAUGUUUUACUUCUUCUGUGUAAAAUGUUGCCUUUCAUUGCUAGAUUAUUAUUUUUAAUUUGAAUUUUUUGUAAACCUAUGGAGUGUUGACCUUGUUUCCCUUUCUGUUCUUGUAAAUUAAUUUAAUAAUUUCUUAUUUUGUGUCUUUAUUUUCCUCUAAAGAGGUCUCCUCUUUUUUCCCCUGUUUCACCCCCCUUUCCCCACGUUUAUUUUCACCCUCCUUCGCCUUUUGUGUAUUUUUAUAUCUCGUCGUUAUUACGCAGUAGUGUUCGGGAGUUAGACCUUGUUUUGUGGAAGUGUUGAGGUAGAACAAUCUGAGAAAGCUUUUCUUGUUCUAUUCUUAGAGAAAAAAACAAAAGAAGAGAAAUGUGCAAAUCGCUUUUGAACUAAUACAAAACAAAACAAAAAAAAUGCAGAAAAGAAGAAGAAAGGAGGACUGGGAAGAAAGGAGAAAAACAGGGGGGAUAGAGAACAGACAAGUGCAGAACUUCUUGAAAGCAAAAAAAAAAUAACAGGGAAAUCAGGAAAGAAUUGCACAUAAGAAACAUAAGGAAGGGGGUUUAAAAGAGACCGGAGGGGGGGCAUGAAGCAGGAAAGGGAGAGGUGAAGGACGACAAGAACGGGGAGAAUGGAGGAUGAGAGGAGCAGAGAGAUCGAGGGAAGAGAGGAGGUAGAGAUUUCUUUAUUGGCCUCCGGAGAUGAAGGUUUUGAAGAGCGUCGUUCUGAGACACGCACAUCUGUCAUGGGCUCGCCAGGGAAAAUGAAAACUACGGCAAGCAAACAGGGAAUUGGAUGAUAAAGAGACGGGCAAAGACACAGACAGACAAGAUCACAAUAUCUUACUUUCAUGGUGACACACACACACACACACACACACACACUCUCCCACCUUCACACAUGCAUCUUCUUUUCAAGCAGAAGUUUGGAACUCCUAAUGGAUUCUUACCAUUUCCUCUCUCUGUGGUUUGUCUUAAAGCUCACACACACACACACACACACACACACACACACACACACACACACAUGCAGGGACAUUGUGGUAAGACAGUCCCAACAACUUCACAGAGUGCACUUUCAGGAGAGACUCUGAUGUCACUCUGAGUAGCAGAUUAACACAAUCAAUACCCCAUCCAAUGCCGUCUGGCUAUCUCUCCGACACACACACACACACACACUCACACACUUACACACUUACACACACACACACACACACAAUACUGAUUACAACCAAUAAUAAAUACUGAUAACUCUGAAUCAGUCCCUCAACCACACACGUCUAAGCACGAACACAGUCUCUCUCUCUCUCUCUCACACACACAUACACACACAGAGCCUGAUACUGACACACACACAUACUGAUUGCACUCAUGUGGUUCUGAAUUCCGUCUGAUUGCAGUGACCUCUGAUUUUUCAGAAAUUGUGUGACUUUCACACACAUAUACACACAUGCUUACACACACAUACAUUGACAAGUCAUUCGCAAAAAAUAAAAAUGUAAAAAGUGCAAAAAAAUAAAUAGUGCUAUUUUGUACGGUAAAAGCCUAAAGGCGUGGUUCGUGGUCGUGUUCCCCAAAGGUGUUCUGAGAGCUGUAGGAACUCAUUUUGAUCGUGAGAUUUCUUCUCGUUCUUUUUGUUUUUUAUUUUUGUAUUUUUUAGCUUUCCGCUUCCAGUUGCUCGGUUUUCGUCGCCAUCUCCUAACGCUGUGGGUUCUGUUCCCGUGUGUGUUUUCACAUGAAGCUUCAAGGCAUUGCCUGCUCUGCAUUUCACUGUGCCACUUGAACACACACACACACACACACACACAUAUACACUUUCGGUCGUUCCGUCAGCAGGACACUGUCCAUCCCCAUAUCAUUGUUUCUUUGUUUUUGUUUUUGUUUUGAUGGAUUUGUUUUUUGUCGUCAUGUUGUCCCCAAACCUGCUUUAUGCAAUAAGCUCUAUUAAGCAUUGCAACAGUGUUUCAGCCAAGUGUGCAAGCACAGUGUACAUGUCAAUAUUUUUGUGCUAGGAUUUUUGCAGAUUAAAAGAAAUAAGCCAA